UCUCAAUUCCCAUCUCUACUGCUCUCUCCAUUCUUCUUCUUCUUCUUCUUCUUCUUCUUCUUCUUCUUCGCCUGCUUCGCCUUUCCUUCCUCCCUCUUUUACUUACUACUCCCUUUCUCAAUCUCACCUUCCAUUCUUUCUUCUUCUUCUUCUUCUUCUUCUUCUUCUUCUUCUUCUUCUGCGCACAAUCUAUCCAUUAUUCCCAAUCCACUUAUCAGGCCCUUUUGGUGGACUCUGACUCCGAGAUUGAACUUCCUCCCCGAUUUUGUUGCAAGCGCUGAUGGGUGUCCAGGAAAAAAAUGAAGGCACGCUGUCAAACGGGUCAAUUGCAGCUAAUAAUGGCCUUUCCAAUGAUGGAGCACAAUUAGAUCCACUGAUGCGAGUUAGCUCCCUAUCCUCCUAUGGCAAUGAAAGUGCAUUGAAGGUUAGGAAGCCCUACACUAUUUCCAAACAAAGGGAAAAAUGGACAGAGGAAGAGCAUCAGAGAUUUCUCGAAGCUCUGAAACUCUACGGUCGUGGCUGGCGUCAGAUCAAAGAACAUGUUGGCACCAAAACAGCUGUUCAGAUCCGAAGCCAUGCUCAGAAAUUCUUCUCUAAGGUAGUGCGAGAGUCAAGUGGAAGCAAUGAGAGCUCCAUUAACCCAAUUGAGAUUCCUCCACCUCGACCAAAAAGGAAGCCACUGCAUCCUUACCCUCGUAAAGCAGUUGAUUCUCUUAAGGCAAUAUCAGUUGCAAGAGAAUCAGAGAGGUCUCCAUCCCCAAACCUAUCACUUGCUGAAAAAGAGACCCACUCACCUACCUCUGUACUGACUGCAUUUAGUUCGGAUGAUCAAAUUUCUGCGGUUUCGGAGCAACAUAAUAGAUGCCCAUCGCCAAUUUCACAAGCUGUUGACAUGCAGCCAACUAGAUCUUCCCCUGUUAGGAAGGGGGAGCUGUACCUUCAAUCAAUUGUUGGGGAAGAAAAAGGAAUGUUGUCACUCGAAUCAUCCUCAGAGCGGUUCCCAGAAGAAUUUUUAACUCUGAAAUUCAAGCCAGGAUCAGCAAGUAAGAAAGUGGAUAACAAGUUACAUUCUCCUGUUAAAAGCAUAAAGCUUUUUGGAAGGACAGUAAUGGUAACUAAUGACAAACAACCAUCCCCUCUUGAUUUUGAAGUCACUGAAACGUUGACAUUUGAAGAUGACAGUAAGAGUGAAUGUAAAGUGUAUGCUGAGAAUUCUGUUGAGAUGCUAACUUCAAAACAUAUGGAUGUAAGUUUAGCUCUUGGAAUGGAUAACAACGGUGAUUUGAACAUGUCGCCUGGUGGAGCACCUUCACUAACCUUAGGGAAGCAGAACAGAAGUGUCCCUUAUGUUAAGGCCUUACCUAAUGCAUCUCAAACUUGUUGGUCUUUGUAUCAAACUGUGCCAUAUUUUUAUCUUGCUCCAUCGGAUCAAACUUCAACUGGAACAUCUACUGACCAUAUUAUGGAAGAAAGGAUCCAAAAUGACAAUUCCCAGGAGAGUUCUUUUGCGGAUUCAUGUUCUGGCUCCCCAAGAAAGGAUCAAAAUGAAACCCAAAGCCCAGAGGUAGAAUGUCAAGAGCCUUGUUUGGUAGGAAGAGGUAAUGCAAAUGAGAGUAAGAAGGGGUUCGUGCCUUACAAGAGAUGCUUGGCUCAGAGAGAUACAAGCUCUGCGCUGAUCGUUUCGGAAGAGAGAGAGAGCCGGAGAGCUCGAGUUUGCUCCUAACCCAACUUCUGCAAAAUCGUAGUGGAAUUGAUCGGCAACAGAAUUAUGGUCCAUAAAAAGCAAAUAACCACGAUGCUCUGACAUGGGUUUCUGAGAUUUCUCUCUUACUUUGAGAUGAAAAUAUGGAGGCCUGAUUUGUAACAUAUCACAUCUAAAGUAAACAAACAGAAGGAUCGAGGUUUGAUUUAACAUUGGGGGGGGGGGGUGGAUAUUUGAGUGACAAUUAUUCAUUCUGUAAAACAGAAGGGUGUUGCUCAAUGACUUUUAACAUAUUUGCAAAUGUUAUUUUUGGAGGUUCUUCCUUUUAAUUCUUAUCUUCAUAAUGGAAAAGGUUAAAUUUCUAGGCGAA